AACAUUCCAACAAAUUACAACCGAUUUGGAAUUAUCAAGCACCCGGUUAAUUUUAAGAUUAAACUUUUGGACUUUGUUUAUAAAGACCAGACAGAUUGAUAAUUUGUAAGAAAAAGUCACAAACAAAUAAUAUACAACAAAGUAUUAACACCUUAACACAAACAUCUUUUCCUACAAACACACCCACCAACAAAGAAACCCAUAAAAUGUAUCAAAACUAUAAACAACUCCUCGUGGAAAAGCAGGAUAAGCUAGUGGUAGUUAAAUUUAACAAUCCCAAAAAGAAGAAUUGUGUUAAUCGUGUAGCGUAUGGAGAAAUUGCCAGAGUAUUACAGGAAGCUGGUCAAGAUGAUACCACCACCUUGGUGGUAUUUACCGGUGUUGGGGAUUUCUAUACAGCCGGUAAUGAUUUAUCACAAUCAAGCGAUAUAGAAGAUAUGGAUGCCUAUAUACGUGAAUCUAAUGAAAUUUUCAAAAAAAUGGUGCGUUCCUUUAUUGACUGCCCUAAGAUUAUAGUUUCGUUGGUAAAUGGUCCCUGCAUAGGUAUUGGUACCACCUUGGCUGGUAUUUCGGAUUUGGUGUGGUGUUCAGAGACAGCCUAUUUUGCUGCUCCUUUUGUUAAACUGGGUAUUGUACCCGAAGCUGGUUCUUCCUACUUAUUUCCUUUGCUAAUGGGCCGUUCUAAGGCUUCUGAAGUUUUAUUAUUUGGCGAAAGACUGUCGGCUCAGGAAGCCUAUAAUUUUAAUUUUGCUUCUCGCAUUUAUAAACAUUCCGAAGUGGACUCUGUAAUAUGGCCGAAGUUGCGUGAGUUUGCUGAGUUACCUCCUCAGUCAUUGCAAAUAUCUAAGAGAUUGUUGCGCAGUGAGGAAAAGAAGGCUUUACUGCAUGCCAUCGAUGUGGAAUGUGUAGAGUUGUUGCAGCGUUUUGGCAGUGAAGAGUUUAUGAAUGCCUUGAUACAAUUCUCCAUGAGGAAGUCGAAAUUGUAAAAAUUUUACGAAAAAUAAAAGAUAAAGCAAAAAAAAAA